UUGAUGGCUGUUAGUGGUGCGUCUAAUCAGUUUUCACUGUUAAAAACUUCUUCGACUGUAAAUGAGAUGUAAUAAACUCCUCGUUUUAGUUAAGUAUUUGCUUUAUUUUUCUUCCUGAGGACAAAUGAGUCGAGAAGAAGCGAUAAAAGAGAGGCAGAAGAAUAGCGGUGUUCUCCAUCUGCUCCCGACACUUAGUGCUGUGAGCGCUUCCAGCGAGCCAGAGGCUGAAAGCUGCCAAUGAUUUCAUAAGCAGCAGCCAUGGCUGCCCAUCGAAUUGUUCGAGUGAACAACAAUCACAUCCUACCCCGCUGCAAGUCUGAGGGGACGCUCAUCGACCUGAGUGAAGGAGUGGCCGGGGCCAGUCUCAAUGAUGUUAAAGUGCCUUCUCCCAGUGCCUUAAAGCUCGACACUCAAGACUCCCUUGGAGCUGCGCAGGAGGUGGUUGCUAUUAAGGAUUACUGCCCAAGCAGCUUCACCACACUGAAGUUCUCCAAAGGGGAUCACCUCUACGUGCUGGACACAUCAGGUGGAGAAUGGUGGUACGCCCACAACAACACAGAGAUGGGAUACAUUCCAGCCGCUUACGUCCAGCCGGUCAGCUUCAGGAACUCUUCGCUAAGCGACAGUGGGAUGAUCGACAGCCUCGGGGAAGGGUAUGAGGAUGAGGGGAAGGAUUUUGGAGGUCUUGGAGAGUGGAUGGGGAUGAGCUUGAAGCCCUCCGCCAUUUACAACAACACUCCUUUUACUGUGAACCCUUUUAUCUUUCCGUCAAAUCAAAACUCCAAAGACGUAAGUGUGAGGAACUCGGCGGAUCUUAUUUACCUGGACUCUCUGGCAUCACCGUCAUCUUGUUCUAACAGUUGUACUAUCAUGAGCAGCUGCCAUAUUAAUAACCUCAACUCAACCAGCCCUAACCAACAGGUUACACCCAACUUCCAGAGAGAAAAUCCCUUUUUUAAGAGCAAACGUUCUCACAGUCUAUCAGAACUUUCAGUCCUACAGGCACAGUCAAAUCCAACUUUACCUUCAUCUGGAUUCUUUACGGGCCUAACAGCUCCUUUACCGGAACAGUUUCAGUGCAGAGAGGACUUCAGGACUGCCUGGUUGAACCACAGAAAACUAGCUCGGUCCUGUCAUGACCUUCACUCUUUGGGCCAGAGUCCUGGAUGGGGCCAGACCCAACCAGUGGAGACCAAUGUUGUCUGCCGACUGGACUGUAACGGAGGAGUUGUUCAGCUUCCUGACACCCACAUCAGCGUGCAUAUUCCUGAAGGGCAUGUCAGUCAUGGAGACUACCAGCAGAUCUCCAUGAAAGCCUUACUGGACCCCCCUCUGGAGCUGAACAGCAACCACUGCUCCACUGUAAGUCCCGUGGUGGAGAUCAAGCUGAGCAAUAUGGAGACAAAGUCAUUCAUAACGCUGGAGAUAAAAGUAUCAGUAGCUGUGAAAAAGGAGAGUUGUCACGUUGCUGAUGUACUUUGUGUUCGCAGUGAUUCCAAAGAAGGGCCAUACUCUCCCAUACCUAAUGCCUACAUUUACAAAGAUACAGUCCAGGUGCAGCUGGAUAGUCUGGAGCCUUGCAUGUAUGUAGCUGUGGUCGUUCGGUCACUGUACAUCGGUCACAACACAACAGUCUGGGACCAUGUGCAGAGAAAGGUCACUCUAGGUGUAUACGGACCCAAACAUAUCCACCCGUCAUUCAAGACGGUUGUGGCCAUGUUUGGGCAUGACUGCGCCCCCAAAACCUUGUUGGUAAAUGAUGUAACAUGGCAGGCGGCCUCGACUCCACCGGUGGCGCUCCAGCUGUGGGGGAAGCAUCAGUUUGUGCUUGCAUUCCCUCAGGAUCUGCAGAUUGGACUGUAUUCCAACAUGUCCAACUAUCAGGUGAAGGCAAGCGAAGGAGCUUGGAUAAUUCGGGGAUUUCAGAUAAAACUAGGGAAGGUUGGCAGGCUGGUCUUUAUGAUCACGUCGCACAACCCCAGCAGUAUCACAGACUUUACUCUCAGAGUCCAGGUUAAGGACGCCCUAGACUGCAUCCUGACCCAGUUCUGUGUCCAGACUCCACUGCCACCACCAAAAACUGGGGUAAAGAUCACAGGCCAGCGGAGGUUCCUGAAAAAGAGAGAGGUCGAUAAGAUUGUACUGUCACCUCUGGCUGUCACCUCAAAACACCCAAACUUUCAGGAUCGGUGCAUUACUAACCUGAAAUUUGGUAAACUGAUUAAAACGGUGAUCAGGCAGCACAAGAGUACGUACCUGCUGGAGUACAAGAAGGGGGAUGUUAUCGCUUUACUCAGCGAGGAGAAAAUCAAACUACGAGGGCAGCUGCGGACCAAGGAGUGGUACAUUGGAUACUACCAGGGAAAGAUGGGGCUGGUUCAUGCCAAGAACGUUCUAGUUCUUGGUAAGGUCAAGCCCAUUUAUUGGUGUGGGCCAGACCUCACGACUACAAUGUUGUUGGAUCAGAUCCUGAAGCCUUGCAAGUUUCUCACCUACAUCUACGCAACUGUGAGGACCGUUCUGAUGGAGAACGUGGGCAGCUGGAGGGCGUUUGCGGAUGCUCUUGGAUACGGGAACUUGCCACUGAAUUAUUUUUGUCGGACUGAACUGGACAAUGAGCCGGAGAAAGUGGCGUCGGUUCUAGAGAAGCUGAAAGAGGAGUGCACUAACAUAGAAAACAAGGAUAGGAAGUCCUUCCAGCGGGAACUCAUGAUGGCGUUGCUGAAGAUGGACUGCCAGGGUCUGGUUGCUAAAUUGGUCCUGGACUUUGUUUUGUUGACCACGGCGGUUGAGGUGGCGUCGAGGUGGAGGGAGUUGGCCGAGAAGCUGGCCCGAGUGUCCAGGCAGCAGAUGGAAGCUUAUGAGGCUCCGCAUCGUGACAAGAGCGGCGUCCUGGACAACGAGUCUAUGUGGAAACCAGCCUAUGAUUUUCUGCUGACGUGGGCUGCCCACGUGGGGGACAGCUACCGGGACGUGAUCCAGGAACUCCACCAUGGUCUGGACAAAAUGAGGAACCCCAUCACUAAGAGGUGGAAACACCUGACUGGCGCUCUGAUUCUCGUAAACUGCCUCGAUACCCUCCGCAGUACUGCUUUCUGUCCCACCGGUUAUGGGGACUUUGCUGUUUGAACAUUAUAUUACCCUUGGAAAACAUGGUUAACUCUACAGCGGACGUUAUUCAAACCCAGUUCUGAAACUAAAAUGUGGCCGAAUCUCAAGGCUUUGCUCAUCAUGGGAUCUUCAGGAUAUAUGGAAACUUUGGCUAAGAGCCCUGCUGUGUCUGUUUCUAACCCAUUUUUUCUUUCUUUUCGGUCUGACUCUUGCUUUUCUACUUCUUACUACUUCCUCUUAUGUACUUGUGUCCUUUUUCUACCUUGUAAACUACUCUUGUCACUGUCUGAAUCUUGGUUGUUGCUUGGCCCCAUAGAUUUCUGGUCUUUACCCUCAGGUGAACGUCAAAGACCUCACGUACCACAGUAAAAAACAACACUGCAAACUGUCUAUAGAAAAAUUAUCUGAACUUCAAACAGAACUUCUAGCUGUUUACAUUUAUCUCCAUUAUGGACAGGUUUUUUGUUACAGAAUGACUUUCACAGGCACUGUUAUAAAAUCAAAAAAUGUCUUUAAUCUAAAAUGAACCUUAAGCACUUAAAUAAAACAUAUAUGUAAAUCAGUUUUAUAAAUUCAAACAUUAAGAUUAAUUUUUGAAAAACUAUAAUGCCAAACACAGCUAGGCUAAUGUUAAAGUUAGCAUUAGCCAAACGCAGUUGCAAUUUAUACAGUAAGAGAUUUGCUCUGUUUGUGUAAUUAUUUCAUUAACGAGUGUACUUUAUUUUCAACGUGAAAUCCGGUGUUGUAAAAAACAAAAAUAUGUUUUAGUGGAGAAUUAAAAUCCAUUUUUGAUACCUAAUCCACCCUUAGCUAGCUAGUCAGCUAGCAUGGAUGCAUUGGGAGUACAGUAUCUAAUUUCCAGAUUUUAUUGUCAUUAUUCAUCACAUAAAAACAUUUUUAUAGUUGACGAUCAGAACAUUGGCAUUUAAAAAUGUUCCGUAUGAUAGUGUUUUGGUUAAUGCUAACAGUACGGUUAGCAUUGGCUGUUGUUACAGUAAAAGAUUAACUGCCUGUUGAUGUAGUUUAAUCACUUUUUAAUCAUAAAGUGAUUCUAUUUUCAAUGGAAGACAUGUCCUACAAGAGAUAACAGUUAAGUCCACCUAAAAUCUUGUUUACGAUAAUAUUCCAGUUUUUACGUAAAAGCUAAUCCACAGUUAGCUAGCCAGUCGGCUAGCAAGGAUUAUUUGCAAAUGCAGGAUCUACUUCUCUACUUCUCAGAAUAUAUAAUCUUUAAUAUUGACAUAAAAACAGAUGAGUUUCUUGUUGAAGAUCAACACAUUGAUUGUAUAGGAAUUAGACAAUGUCCUAUAUUAAAAACAUUUAAGAUAAUCCUAACUUUUAAGAUAGCUUUAGCAGUCUAUACAGUAAAAGUAGAAAGUGUCAAAUCAAAUCAUCAAAUUUAUCAAAUCAUGUUUAAUCAUACGUUUAGUUUAUUUCGAAUGAAAAUCAACAGUUUGGUUCAGUUAGAAUAUGAAUUAUAUUUAAGAAGAGAAUAACGUUUACGCAAAUGCUAAUCCAACAUUAACUAGCUGGUCAGCUAGGACACCAGUACAUCCUCUGCUCUUCAGAUCAUUUAACCUUUAACUACAGUAUAAAACACACUAGUUCCUAGUUCAAGACCAGAAUACACUGCAAUAAGGUAAAACUAUAUAAGAGAUAGUUUAAGUUAAAAAUUAGACAUUUUUGCAAUGACAUUGUGUUUAUAUUUUCAGAACCCAGCCCCUGUUAAAAGUACAGAAACAUAAAUGACAAAUCAAACACACAGAAGGACUCUAGAAUAGACUUUUAAUCUUUCAGGGCCACAAUAAUUUCUCGUAUGAACUUGACAUGGUCAUAUAUUAGCUAAAGGAGUAUUGACUUGGAUGCAAUCUUCCUUUCUGCCACUAGAUGUCACCACAUUCAAAACAGUAGAACUUUUAAAAAAAAACUACAUUAGCAAAACAAAUCAUCUUGUUUUUUGUUACAAUUUUAUUUAGAGAGGCCCUUUCUCAAUGUCAUUUCAGCAAGGGAAAUCAACUAGUUUAUUGUUUAUAUUUUUUGUGAUUUUGAUGUUUAUCCUGGUAAUCUUGUGACUUCUGCAGUGCUUGGAAUAUUUACAUGAUCUGAAGAGAACAUGUCUGAGAAAUUUAUAUAUUUAUACUGAGAACCAACUGAGUAUUGACAGAUUUAUAAGUGAAGAUGCAUCACCUGUGAUGGAUAACAAAUCAGAAUUUAGUUCAGUAUCAAUGUUUAGAAAGUAUCAAUAAAAUGUGAAUGUAAUGAGUA